GCUUCUUGUAUACCUGUCUUCUUUCUCAUUCUUUGUUCGUUUUUUCCUUCCUUCCCACCCAAACAAACGAAUGGAUAUGAAUAGCAAACCAACCACCAUGGCCAUGGCACUGAUGCACACAACAAAGAGAAAGAGGAGGAAACGCAGGAGCGGAGUCCCUCAUCAAUACCUGACCAAUCUGCCUCGAGCUCUUCUGGAAGAGGUUCUAUCCCACGUCGCCUCGAGCUCCAUAACCAAUCUCUUCAACGCCAAACGAGCCUGCAAGUCCAUGUUCGAAGCUUCCUCGCAGCGCUGCGUGCUGGAGCACGCCGCGGUGCUGGAGAAGUUCCCCUACAUCAACCGGCACAAUCGGCGCAGUUCCUCGUCUUUCCUCCAGGAGUGCAUGGAAAGCGGCAAUCGAGAAGCGCUGUUCUGCACCGGGAUGGCAGAGUACUUUUCCACCCCGGAAACGACGGAGUCUGGGCUUCGCCGCCUAAGGGCUGCGGCCGCGAAGGGUCACGCCGAAGCGAGGUACGUCUGUGGGAUGAUUCUCUUGUGCUUUGCCGGAGGAGAAGACGACGACGCGAGGAAGGAAGGGUUGGGGUUUCUCGAGGGUUUGAGGCGAUCGGAUACCGUGAGGAAGUGUAGAAAGACGGUAGAGUCUGUAAUGGAGCACUUGUGGUGGGUGAACGGCGAUGGCCGUGGCCUGGCAGGGAGGUGCUGGAUGGGGAAGGACGUCCGGCGUGGAAGUUGCAGGUGCGUUGAGAAAGAGGAGUUGAAGUGUUUGAGCAGGAAUCCGGACUUCUUAUGGCUGCGGAGAGAGGAACAAGUGUUGGAAAUCGUCGAGAGUCGGCUGUGUGAUCUCUGUUUUUGGGACAAUGAAGUGCCCGUGUUUUGCAACAAGUUGGGGCCGCUCAAUGUGUUUCUUUUGUGAAAAAUAACUGUUUAGGGCGGCCGUAGUAUUUAUUAACUAUUAAGUCAGUUAGUAUGGAAUGGAAGUAACUAUGUUUUUUUUUUCUUCAUGAGGAUGAUUGUUGGUUUCAAUGGUUGAAUUUAGAUGGUGUGAUAAGUAAUAUAUAUGUUAAUAUUUC